UUAGACGCUUAUUAUCCUCUUAGCUCUAAAUGGCCCCACGUUCCUGCACUUCGCUGUCCAUCUCAUCUGCUGUCUAAGACGCGGACCCGGAGCGUGACACGAAAGCGAGAUUCAUGCGUAAAAAAAAAAAAAAAAAAAGAUACGUGCCCACCAUUCAGUAGCGUUACUCGUUGCGCGUUACGCGUGAAUUGUCGGGACAACCCCUCUCCGUCGUCUUGUCAGCGCGCCCGUCCGGGGCACUGUGGCAGUCUGCCCGUCCGUUAAUGUGUCCAACCCACUGAUCUUUUGCAGACUGUAAUCUUAUCAGUGUCAAACCGUAGCUGCCCUUUCCUCUCGGGCAGUCUCUGCCUGCCCUUUCGGAUGGCGUUUGCGCCAAAAUUUGGAUCUAAAAACGAUUUUUAACAGAAAACUUUUAUCAGCAAAGGGAUCAGUUGAAUUUACAGUUACGGGCGCGUUUGAGUGUGUGAUAAAAUGAACAUUUGACCGUUUAAAACUUUCGACCAGAAGAAGACAUGGAGUCUACAUGUAAAGAAAGGAGUCUUCUAUACUUACUCCUCUUUGCAAUAUGCACGUCCAGCGUUUGCUUUUGUGCAAGAAGAUCAAAUGUUCGAAGAUCUGAUCGUCUGAGUCCUCCAUUAGACAUCCAGCUGGAGACAAUCAACUGCACCGCCUUCAGUGUACGAUGGAAGAUGCCCCGGCGACAUGUUAGCACCAUCACUGGAUACAAGGUCUUCUAUACAGAGAUGAGGAAUGGGAAUCCAAUAGGUACAGCAUCUUUGAUGGAGGUGCCUCUCAGCUUGGACAUGUUGACCACUGGACAAUUUGAUGGACAAGCAAGCUUUGAUGUGGACAUCGGUAAACUAAAGGUGAACACUAAGUACAGAGUCAGUGUCGGAGCAUAUGGCUGGGCAGGGGAGGGUAGACCCAGCAUGCCCAGAGACAUCAGCACGGCAUCACAUGAAAUGUGCAUGCCCCCAUCGCCCCCCACUCAGCCUGUUGUCAUGGCUGUGUCUGACACAGAGCUUGCGUUGUCAUGGCAGCAAGGAGAGAGCGAGGGAAGCGCACCUGUCCUUCACUUCCUGGUGGCGUACAUCAGGCCAGAAAUGGACACAGAGUGGACAUAUAUUCGUGAGCCCAUUCAGACCAACUCCAUGGUUUUGAAAGGGUUGAUACCGGAAACAGAGUACCAGUUUGUUGUCAGGGCGGUUAACGUGCACGGAGUUAGCCCACCCAGCCACAUCAACAACCCUGUGCGCACUCUCGGCACAUCAGAAGUUGGCAGUGGUGAUUAUGGCCGUUACAUCACAGAUUCCAGGAUCAAAGAUGAUGAUGGCUUCGACAUUGAUGACUCAGACUAUGAUAUCUUUAUUGAGGAGUUGAAACCAUUCCCAGGUAUCAACCAGGACAACAAGAAGUCCCAGCUCCGUUCACACUCGGGUCCUCCAUCUGGUCGGAACGUUGUUUACCGUAUGAACACCAGAGCUCCUCCUAAUGUUACUGCCCCACCUGUUUCCACCACCACCUCGUCCAUCUUCGCAGACUUCACAGAUCUGAUUUUCUCAACCACUUCAGAGCCCAGUACCACCCCUGACAUCACAACCACUGCCCCACCUGCCACUACCAGCGUCACUUUGCCAACCACCACCACCACCCCAACCAUGUCCCCUUGGAAAGGUGAAGUGCCUCGGGUGUAUGACCUGACCUGCGAUGAUACUGUGUGUCCCCCCGACAGCUUCUGUCUCAGUGAUUAUGACAGUGGAGGUUCACGCUGCCACUGUAACCUCGGACGCAGAGGGGACACUUGCUCUGAGGUGGUAUUGGUGAACUUUCCCAGGUUCUAUGGCCACUCUCACAUGACAUUUGAACCCUUGAAAAACUCUUACCAGACCUUUCAAAUCACUCUGGAGUUCAAGGCAGACUCUGAGGAUGGCUUGUUACUAUACUGCGGUGAGAAUGAGCAUGGCCGUGGAGACUUUACCUCUUUGUCCCUGGUGCGAGGCAAGCUGCACUACAGGUUUAAUUGUGGCACGGGAGCAGCUCAGAUAGUCAGUGAGAGUCGUAUUGUUCUUGGCCAGUGGCACACAGUAACUGUCUUCAGAGACGGCAUGAGUGGCUGGCUGCGUAUGGACAAUGACACCCCUAUAUCUGGGCGCUCACAGGGCCAGUACACGAAGAUCACUUUCCGCUCCCCGCUGUAUGUUGGGGGAUCGCCGAGUGUGUAUUGGUUGGUCAGGGCAACAGGGACAAAUCGUGGCUUUGUUGGCUGCGUCCAGAGUCUGACCAUCAACAACAAGGCCACAGAUAUCAGACCCUGGCCUCUGGGCAGAGCUCUGAGUGGAGCUGAUAUAGGUGAGUGCAGUGACAGUGUGUGUGACCUGGUCAGCUGUGCCAACGGCGGCACCUGCUUUGCAAACCGUGCUGAUGGCUACAUCUGCCUGUGCCCGCUCGGCUUCAGGGGAGCACUCUGUGAGGAGAGUUUUUCACUCUCUUCACCACUCUUCAAUGAGACAGCGUUUUCAUACGCUGUCAUCCCCUGGCCUCUGUCCUCUCAGAGUUACCUGUCCUUCAUGGAGUUCGAGCUGACUUUCCGGCCGUCGAUGCCUGACGGGACGCUGCUGUACAGUGAUGAUGCAGGCAGUGCAGACUUCCUGUCUAUAAACCUGGUGAACAGAUAUGUAGAGUUUAGAUUUGACUGCGGCUCUGGAGGAGCGAUCAUAAGGAGUGAGGAGCAGAUCAGUCUGGACGCAUGGCAUGAGCUGAGGGUGUCUCGCACAGCAAAGAGUGGCAUCCUACAGGUGGAUAGUCAGAGGCCAAUGGAAGGAAUUGCUGAGGGAGCCUUCACUCAGAUCAACUGCAGUUCACCUCUCUAUAUUGGAGGGGUACCAGAAUAUGAUAAAACCAAGAGGACGGCAGGUGUAAUAAAACCCUACACUGGAAUUAUUCAGAAGCUGAUACUCAAUGACCGCACCAUUCCAAUUACUACUGGCUCUGCUGGUGGUGUUAAUGUAGCAAAUUCGGCACACCCAUGUGUGGAAAGUCCCUGCGCCAACGGUGGGACCUGCAGACCUAAGUGGGAUGGAUAUGAGUGUGACUGCCCCCUAGGGUAUGAUGGCAGGCACUGCCAGAAAGAGUGUGGGAAUUACUGUUUGAACACUGUGACUGAAGCCAUUGAGAUCCCACAGUUCAUUGGGCGAAGUUACCUGACUUACGACAACAGAGACAUCCUUAAAAGGGUUUCUGGGUCCAGGUCCAACCUCUUCAUGCGGUUUAAAAGCACAGCCAAGGAUGGCUUGUUGCUGUGGCGAGGAGACAGUCCAAUGAGGCCCAACAGUGACUUCCUGUCUAUGGGGCUUCAGGAUGGUGCACUAAUCUUCAGUUAUAACCUGGGCAGUGGGGCAGUUAACAUCAUUGUCAAUGGGACCUUUAGCGAUGGAAAGUGGCACAGAGUCAAAGCUGUGAGGGAUGGCCAGUCAGGGAAGCUGACAGUGGAUGACUAUGGAGCGAAGACAGGCAGGUCUCCUGGCAAGAUGAGACAACUCAAUAUCAACGGACCCUUAUAUGUUGGUGGCAUGAAAGAGAUAGCUCUUCAUACAAACAGGCAGUACAUUGGAGGCUUAGUGGGCUGUGUGUCCCACUUCACACUCUCCACUGAUUAUCACUUAGCACUGGUGGAGGAUGCUGCAGAUGGCAAGAACAUCAACACCUGCUCUAACUAGAAAAUGGCUUCAACAGACGAAAGUCCCUUUUCGACACCAUUUUAACCUGGAGUGAACACCUCAACCAGCUGAUUUGUCAUCUUGAAACUGACUUGCCAGCACCAAAUGAGUUAUUUUUGAUUUACGAGUUCAGGGCUGACAUGGUUUAAACUCGAACUGAAAAAAAGACCAACAACAUUAUUUCUUUGAGUCACAAGAGCCAUUUAAGUGGCUCCUAUGUGCAAAGUUUUCAAACUAACUCUAACCUGCCAAGUUGUAAGGUUUGUUUUAACAUUAACAACCUCAUGAAUUGCUCUGAAAAACAGUUUCAACAAAAUGGCAACAUAAGAAAAGAAACGACCAGAGGAUAUUGUAAAGCACAAGUACUCUGUGAAAGGAGAGAAAAAGCUUAGCAUUGUGGGUAAUGAGGGUCUUUGAAAAAUCUUUUGAAGGACUUUUUUUCAUGGGAUGAUUCCAAUUCUUUUUCUUUUUUUUUUCUUACUGUAAAUCCUUAUUUGAUUGCUGGAAGAACCAAGUGAUCCAAGGGAUCAAGAGUCAUCACAAGUUUUUCAUGAACCUGACCUAGAGCAGCUAGCAGAGAUAAACUUCUUUGUAGAGGAUUUUUGGUUGUGGCCCUAGAGGAUUUCUGUUGUUUUUGUUGUCGUGGCAUUUGUUUUCUUGUUCGUGAUGUAUUAUCAGUCAUAGACUACAUUUUCUAAAGUCUGAUUGAUGUCAGUUUUUUUAAGUUGCUAGUUUCAGAGGGUGAAGAUAUCAGCUGCACAAAAUAUCUUUGUGCUGUUUCUUUUUACCACCUUCUAGUUUUACAGGCUCCUUCAUUUGGAACUCUCAGAUGCUAGUCACAUGAAAGUCUGAUGUUGACGUGGUGAAGCAGCCAAAAUCCUGGAGAAACUGUGCAUGACAGUCCACUACUAUCAUUUGACACAAACCACAGUGCUGUGGAUGUCAGCCUUGAAGUUGAUUUGCUUUGCAUUUUCACACCAGUGAAAAUAGAGCGUUUUCUCUUAUUUGAGUUUGUUAGUUCAUUGCUUUCCCAUGCCUAAGCUUUGUCCAAGUAAGAUGAGAGCUUUACCCCUGGUUUCACUCAAAGUUUGUUUAAAGUUUUAAUUUAUUACAAAUCCUGUAAUAAAUCACAAAUUAUCAUAUUUAUCGGCAGCUUAAAGUUAUUUGAGGACAGUGAUCCUUAUAUGACCUGAAGCAUUUUCAAUAAAUGUAUAAAGUCUGAAAAGAAUUGCAAAAGAGAUGCAUCCAAUAAAAUAUACCAUGUGACCGUGGAGUGUGAAUGAACAUGUUAUCCACUGACUGAUCCACCACAGGGUGAUUAGCUGGGUUAACAGUCCACUGUACAAAAUGUAGCACAUUUCCACUGUAUGUAUUUGAUGAAGCAGAGCAAGUAUCCAUAAACUGUGGGGAAAUGUUGAUGUAGCAUCUGUGUUGUCAGCAUAUGUGUCUGAAGAUUCUUUUUAAGAUUUAAGAUUAGGUUUAUGCUUGUUGCCAACUUUGUCAUUUAGUGAAGCCAGAUAAUCCAGAUUCAUGCAAAGGACUGACCUGGGUGCAGCUGAAUUGGGACGAGCAAACCGCCAAGAACCAACCCGGCUGAGUGAGCGCACUCCAAAAAACAUACAACUACUCAAGCCUUAAUAUCCCCUGAAAUAAUCCCAUGAAAAUUAAAAUGAGAAAUUUUAUAGUUGUAAGGAAGAGGUUCCAUCAUUUGUUAUAUGCAGUCAUUUCCCAUUGCAGGACAAUGAAAUACAUAAGCAUGUGCAACACUGUAAUCUUAUUUUGCAAAAAUCAGCCACCAAUUUCUUUUCUUUUCUUUUUUUUUAAAUCAGUGCAAGAAAUCACUGUAUUUAUAACUAGUAUACUGGGACAGCUUCCUGUUAACAACUAGACUGUGUAAAUAAACUAAACUAACAAAUUAGAUAAUUAAAUAACCUGCUGACCAUAUUUUGUCAUUGUUUGUCCUAAAUGUUAGUGCUCCUGAAAUUUUCAUUUUUGCAGAAUGGGCUCACUUCAGACACCCAAAGACUUUCCACUGUGCUGGUCAGUUGCAUCAUAUGUAUAAGCUAAAGUCACAUAUGUCUGCCAAGAAAUAAUAAUAAUAAUAA